GCGACGCUUUACCGGCGAGGGUUUAUAAUGGUUUUUAGUUAGUCAUUUAGCUUAAUUUUCUAACAUAUUUAACCAAAUUAUCUGCCGUGGUAAAACAGGCCACGGCCGCGGCCCGCUGAGGAGUUUCUGUAUUUCCUCUGUUCGAACAUUUAGUUAACUUAGUUUGUUUUUUGGUGAGUUUAUUUAGCCAGUAAACACAAAUAGCUCAGCUGAGCUAGCUAACCUAUUAAUUUAGUUUCCAGCUGUGUUUCUAACUGAGAGGAAUAAUGUCCGCGGCUGCUGCUGAAGUUCAGGGCGGAGAGCUGGGUGACGGAAGGGCUGGAAGUAGCCCGGCUGCUGGAGCUCAGAGGUCCGGGGAGCAGCGGCCGCAGGAGGAGGAGCUGCGGGAGCGGAGUGUAGGCGGGCGGGCGGAGGAUACAGCGGCCGGAACGCGCAGCCCUAAACCCGGACACCUGCAGCCCCAGGACUCGCAGGUCUACACCGCCACCCAGCUCCCAUUCAUUAACAAGAAGGAGAACAGCGAUAAAACUCAUCCACUGACUCUAGACUGGGCCUUUGGGAUCAACCCAGCCGUACCUGUCUUCAGCCUGGUGGAUGAAGAUAGAUUGGCUGUGCUUUACAGCUGUUCCCAUGUAGCUGUAAUAUAUGACCACACCUCUAACUCCCAGCAUCUUUUACAGGGUCACUGCAGUCCCAUUUCCUGCCUGUGUGUCAGUGAGGAUAGACGCUGGAUCGUAACGGCUGACAAAGGCCAGGAGAGCCUCGUUAUCAUAUGGGAUUCAUACACAGGGAUCCCUGUGCGCACUUUGUUUGAGAGUCACCCUGAGGGUGGUGUAGCUGCUCUAGCAUUGUCAAAGGAUUCCAAAUAUCUUGGGACCGUUGGAGCUGGAGCAGUUCAGAGAGUUUGUAUCUGGGACUGGACUAAUGAGACUGAAGGUCCAGAAUGCCAGGUGGAGAUCCACCCAGAACAUGGUUUUCAGAAUCACAUCACAUUUAACACCACAGACAGCUUUCAGCUAGUCAGUAACAGUGAAGGCCAUGUAUUAUUUUACACCUGGGAUAAUGGUAUCCUGAAAUAUUCAGCACCGGAAAUUUCAGGCAAGACAUUUAGCAAGGUGGUAGGUCCAAUCAGCCAGUCUACCUUCUUUUCUAGCGGAGUACAGGCUUGCUCCGUUUCGUUGGCAGGGAAUGUGGUGCUUUGGGAUGUAGUGGAAGGAUCUGCUGCCGACAAAAACAGGGAAAUGCAGGCCACCAAACUCAUUACGCUGCAGAACGAUGGCAUCUCAGCACUGACUCUGUGUGACAGCUUCAUUGUCACCGGUGACGUGAAUGGACAUGUCAAAUUCUAUGACGAGAGCUUCAAGCUCAUUAACUGGUACAGUGAAUUCAAUUUGGACCCCAUCUCUUCCAUUUCCUUUUCUAAGGAAAUCACGUCCAGCAGCAGUGUGAGAAACCAGGAAGACUGCAGUCUAAAUAACCAGCCGUUAAUCAAAAGAAACUUUGUCUUGUCAACAGUAAGUGCAGCCUUGGUCCAUGUUAACGUUCAGGGCAGCGUGGCACAGUCUCUACUGAAGGAGCAUGUAGAGUCUCUGGAUGCAGUGGCCUGUCACCCCAAACACCCUCUAGUGGCUAUGGGUGGCCACAGUGGACUCCUGAAAGUGUGGGACUAUGAGAAGAAAACUGUAGUGUUCAGCAGAGUCUUCAAUACAGACAAGCAGAUCCAGUGCAUGGCCUACGAUCCUCAAGGUUUUUAUCUGGCGCUGGGCUUUGCCAGUGGAACAGUGCAGAUUCUGGAUGCCUGCACCCUGCAGCAAGAACAAGAGGAGAGCUUUCAGUACAGUCUGGAGUGCAUUACUCAUCUCACCUUCUCCCAUGACUCCUCCUACUUAGCCACUGCGGACUCUGGUAAGGCUGUGACGGUGUUUCAGCUGUGUAAGAAAGGUGGUCAGCAUGUGUGGGAGUACUUAGGGAGAAACCGCUCUCACUACAAGCCCAUCCAGGACCUGAUGUUUGGAGUGCAGCUGGACAGCACACAGCCACGCCUACUUUCUCUGGGAAUGGACUGCAAGCUAGUGGAGUAUGACCUACAGAACAGCAGAAAAGAUGAGCUGUUGAUCCUCAGCUUGGAUCGCAUCGAGCAGAGUGCUCAUCCCACCUGCAUGGCCUGGUACCCACCUUUAACCACUGAACACUUCUUGUUGAUCGCAUCUGACCACUACAAGCUGAAAAUGUUCAACGUCACUACUAAGAUGUGCAGAAAAACACUCCUCGGACCCACGUAUGGCUCUCCACUGAAGAAGAUGCUGAUCCUCCUGCCUUGUAAAGACAAGGAUCCCAGUUCUCGUUACAUGGCUUAUAUAACAAAGGACAAGGUUGGAGUUCAGAUUUUGCCACUGGAUGGGAACCCAUACAAGUCCUCAGCACUGAUAUGUCACUCCAUGGGUGUCUCCAGCAUGGAUUGCUCCUAUGAUGGCAGAUACAUUUUCACAGCUGGUGGAAUAGACAAGACGGUCUUCUCCUGGGAGAUCAGCCUUCUUGCACUAGAGGCGGCUGCUUCUUUAGGAGGACAAGACAUGAUUCCUUUUUACACUCUUUUAGAAGGAGGGAGGGAUGGAGAACUUUUUAGGGUGAUGGAGGAUUUUUUUUAUUACUGCCAGUUGCGCAAUCAGGGCAGCGACUCCAUGGAAACCAGACAAGUGUCUACUCACAUCCCUCUCACUGAAGUGCCCUUUAUGGUGAGGGCACUUGGCUUCUACCCAACAGAGCAAGAGCUGGAAGACAUGCAGAACGAGGUAAAAUUCAGCUGUUACGCAGAGACGGGAAACUACGUAACUGAUAUUGACCUGGAGGACUUUAUCAAGUUGUAUAUCAAUCAUCGACCAGCUUUUGGCGUCUCCAGGAAGGAGCUCUGUAAGGCCUUCCUGGAGCUGGGUGUUCCAGAUGAGAGCGGGCAGCCAGCUGUCAGCCGAGAAGAGCUACUGGAGUUUCUACAGAACAGGGGUGAACAAAUGACUGAUGAGGAGCUGGCUGAAUGCUUUAUGACUUUGUUGGGCUCCAGUGUGGAAGGAAGCCGAUCUGAAACGGGACCAGUGGAAUUUAUGGACUCUGAGUUACUACUGGAAAGUGAGUUGCCCCUGAACAUCACCAUGGAUACAUUUGCCUCAGACAUCCUGGGAUUUCCUGGUGCCUCUUUGGAGGAUUCUCCUGAAGGCUCCUCCUCAUCCUCCUUUCCUUCUGAAGUCUCUGUAGAGCAGGACUGAGACACUCGCUCUGUGGCUUCAACGCAAACCUGCUAUUUUACAAUGGAAACACUGGAGUAUUUACAGGAACAAAGGAACUAAAGGGAGAUAUUAUUACAUGUUAAAUAAUGUAUAUUGUCUUUAUCAGAUUGAACUGAAAAAACUAAUGUAAAAAGGAAAAGUGAGCUUUAGAAGUUUACCAGUUUGUAUUGGAAAUAAAUAUAUUCACUGCUC